CUAAUGCUAAUGAGCUUUUAAUUUCCGAUACCUGAACUUAGUGCAGAAUGGUGAGAGUGUAUGGUGCUGCAGAUAUCCAAAGGAUGGCUGUCACUAGGAUGAGCAUUUAUCAAAUGUAUCUAGUGGUUUAACACAGAUAAAGUUCCUAUUGUCUCAAUGUAACUAUUGAUUUCCUACAUGAUAAUUGCGUGUCCAUUUUUGGUUCUGGCUAGCUAUAUCACAUCCAUAACUAGUAUAUUCUAGAUAUUGUACACAUGUCCUCCUUGCCUGUUGAAUGUUUGAAUUCUUAUCUACCUACUUGAGUUGCAGCAUUUUAUUUGUUUUGUUAUACUCAUACUUGACAUUUAGAUUAACACAAGAAAUUCCAAGCAUGAGGGAGUAUGGUAGGGAGAUGAAGGCUGGAAGCAACAUGAACUUUUUUGUGCAGAGAAUGGAAAAGAGUUAAAGGAUUAAGGAGCUAAAGGACCAGAUUCUAUCAAAGAGGAUGAAGGAACAAUUCCUAACUGGCUGGUGGGAGUAACUGGAUAUAAGCAUCAAGAAGAGUGGUGAAACCAGAACCACCUGAAGAAUGUGGUAGUGGAUUCGUUAGGUCAUGGCAUUAUUGUGAAGCUGAAGAGAUUCCGAACAGCACUUAUCUUAGAGAUAAAACCUCAUAUGCUCAUAAGGUCCCUUGUUUUAAGCACAGAAGAGUUUGAGGUAAACCAUUGGCAAAUAUGAUCUUGUGAUGGUGGUGGAUGAUCAGCUAGUCCAAUCAGCUGACAUUUUUUAUUUGGAUGCCUUCUUGACCUAAUACCAUUCCUUCGGAUCAUAUAACUAUCAUGUUGUUGUUAUUAAUGCUUGUAGAUCUUGUACCAUGUGGUUCUUCUGUGUUCAGGACAUUUUUUUCUAAUGAGCAGCAUCUGCAAGCAUCGCAAGAGGUGGUGCUGUCAACUUAUCUAAAAUUUCAACUUUCCAUGGUUUUAUGAUUUGCUACUCUCUCAUGUGCUUUGGAUGGUUGGGUGCCUGACUUCUGUACAUGCCAUUGCCAUACUGGUUAGACCUGCGAAAGUUCAUAACAUUACCCUUAUCACUUAUCCAACUUCUCAUGCUCACAGGCAAUACAGGCACACGAUUAUAAAAAGGAGCAUAUGUUCUCGAUUGGUGAAUGAUGAAGCUCCAGGAGAUCUCUGUAUUGUUCGAAUUGGAUAUGUUGAUUAUGAAUUUGACACUAGUGGUUUCUUGGUAAAAUGACUACUGGGACUCUUUGAGAGUUAUCUUUAAUCAGAAUCUUUGCUACUAAUAUCAACAUUGUGGUUCACAUAUGGCUACAUCAUCAUGGAAAGCUCAACCAAACUGCUUUCAUAUGACUCUUGCAUUCUAGUGUUAACUUGUGAUAUGGUGGUCGAUACGGUCAAUAAGGAUCAUUUUCAGCUGCAACAACAGCCUCUCUUGCCAGAAUGCAGUGUGGACUACGGUUGUAUGCAGCCUGCUAAUCAUCAAGGAAAGGACCACCAGAGCAUAUGUUUAUAUAUCCAUAGCUGCUCUUGUCUCAAAUGCUGAUAUGGUGUCUGAUGCAUCAAGAUCUAUCGCCCAGGUACUCAACUAUCUUCCCAUCCACUUGUUGCUUGUGGCAGUAACUCCAUGAACAAUGAUGAAGUCCUAUUACUUGGUUGAAAUGGCUUCUCAUAAUACUGGCUGCGAGUAAUCCUCUCGGCCAGUAUAAUAAUACUUGCCGACGUUGAUAUCUACCUACCCACGCCACGCAGUCUUUCAACAUCAUCAUCAAACCGGUGGAUGAUGAAGGAUGCCAAGCCAGCAUUUAAAGCCUUCAAAUCAUUUGAGGGUGGCAAGGCAUGCAACUUUGGGAAAAGAGAGUCCGAGGAAGAGAGGAGCCAUGAACUCGGGGUGCAAGUCUUCCCUCGGCUGCGUGGACGCGCGCGAGCCGGUGAGGGCCAACUACAAGAUCCUUUACAAGUGGCCGGAGUCCGACGUCGAGUUCGUGAAGUCGAUGGCGUCGGGAAGACGAGGCGAGACAGAUGGCCUCGACGGCCACCCCGGCCUUGACGAGUGGCGGAAGCGGAGCGCAGGUCCCAGCGUGGUGGAUAGCUACUCCUGCCGGCAGCUGUACUUGAGGAGCUACACCUUCACCAAGGAGGAGUCGGUCCCGGAGAAGACGAAGCGGUGCUUGAGAAAGGUCAAGGAGACGGCCGCCGCCGUGCCCCUCUUCAGCACCAGGAACACCGAGAAAGGUGGCAGCGUCGACAUGGGUAGCAAGCGGAGGAGGAGGAAGGAGGAAAAGGAGAAUUGCACGAAUACGAGGAAGCUAAGGGAGAUGACGCACUCCGCGCUGCACGCCGUCUUCCAUCGCCUCCUGUUCUGCACCGCCAGCGUCGACGUGGUGGAUUGAGGGCGACCUGUGCAGGAAGUAGUCGGCUUCUCUGUGUUGUGUGUGUGUGUGUGUGUCCAAGUUCGGUGGUGUCAAGGCCUGAAGAGCAGAAACGAACAGUCAUCUUCUUCCUUAAACCUUGUUGCAAGCAUAGAGGCCAUGGUUACAUCAAUGUAAUUCCAACAACAUUAAUGCAUAUCUCAAAGUUGUAUAAACUGUGUGUCUUCCAUUUCAUGUGGAGUUGUGGUUAGUAACGUGGAACAUCAUUCUAUUCUUGUUCAGCUCAUGGUUGAGCAUUGAAUAGAAGGAAGAAGAGGAAGGAGACUUCCGGGUCCGCAAAUUAAUUGUGUGGCUGCUCAUAAACUUUAUAACCCCUGGUGAUGACUUCUGGCUGCUACCAUAGUAUCACUACAACAGUGGAAGAUUUGGACAUUACAAUAUAGUAUAUGUCCCUUUAAUUA